CCCUGAGCAGCCGAACGAACCUCCGAUUGAAUCCCGAUUCAGCACUAAACCCAACCUGGUGCAAUAACAACGGUUAUGUUUUUUGAUGUUAUUUUAACUAAUGUGGAACAGUGCUCUUCAAGGAUACCAACGCUUCAACAGACUCAUAUGAAUGCAGAGACCCAAAUUCCGGUCGAAUCCGAAACAUCACUGGAAAAUUCGGGCCUUUUACGCAGAUUCAGGUGCGAUGAAUGUGGAGCGACUCGCUGAAAGCGGAAGACCACAAGCUCAUUGUGACAUGGCUGCUUCCACUUUCCCGUUGCUGAGGGCGGCUGAAAGCAGAGAACGACUAGAAAACACGGCGAGCGACUCCUCUGACGCCGAAGCUGCAGAUAAAGACAGAUUGGUGCAAAACAAAACAGAAGAUUGUGGCGCCGAUGACCCAUCCAAGAAGAAAAGACAGCGGCGUCAGAGAACACACUUCACCAGUCAGCAACUGCAAGAGCUGGAAGCGACCUUCCAACGGAACCGUUAUCCUGACAUGUCAAUGAGGGAGGAAAUCGCGGUUUGGACGAAUCUUACCGAGGCCAGGGUUAGAGUUUGGUUCAAGAACCGCAGAGCAAAGUGGAGGAAAAGGGAACGGAAUCAGCAGGUGGAUUUGUGUAAAAAUGGAUUUAUGCCGCAGUUCAACGGCCUGAUGCAGCCCUACGACGAUAUGUACACCGGUUACAGCUAUAACAACUGGGCGGCGAAGAGCCUGGCCCCAGGCCCGUUGUCCUCCAAAAGCUUCCCAUUUCUCAGCUCGAUGAACCCACUGUCUUCUCAAUCUAUGUUCUCUGCUCCAAGCACCAUCUCCUCCAUGACAAUGCAAUCCACCAUGGUGCAUUCGGCUGUACCAGGGAUGCCGGGCUCCAGCCUCAGUAACAUUAAUAAUCUCAACAGUUCCUCUCUCAAUUCAGCCAUGUCCUCGGCUGCCUGUCCUUACGCACCACCUACUCCUCCUUAUGUUUACCGGGACACUUGUAACCCUGGCCUUGCUAGUCUCAGACUGAAACCGAAACAGCACAGCGGCUUCGGAUACAGCAGUUUGCAAAAUCCAGGGUCAAGCCUUAAUGCAUGCCAAUAUGCAGUUGAUAGGCCCGUGUAACAUGCAAAGUAACUGGAUAUUUGAUGUAGACUCACGACAGAUGAAAAAAAGAUUCAGUAAAAUAGGAUUUUAUUGCAACCUUUAAAUGGUGUGCGCGGGUUGCCACUCUCCUGGAUUUCAAUCACCAUUCUGUUCAAUUCCCAGUGAAAGAAAAAUAUUUAAUUGCAAGAAAUUGAUGCGUUUUUAAAUCAAUUGGGUACUGCAGUCUGGUAUCCGUGAAAGUUUUUUUAAGCUUGAGUUUACUAUUAAUAUUGAACAUUUGAAAGUGGAUUUGUGUAUAUAUAGAAAUUGAUUCUAUUAUUGUUACAUGUUGCAAUACAUUGAUAAAUAUAAUUUUUAAAAAUGUUUAAACAAAAAUUUGCAUGUUUAUUGCUGUAAUCCAGAUGAAGGAAUGUUUUAAAUUACGUCCAUUCCUAACUCCACAGCAAAGUAAACCUACCUCUAGUCUGGGAUUAUUUCACCCAAAAAGAAAGUAGCUCCAUUUUUUAAGCAUGCCAUGAAAAUGACUGUGCUUUUCAUAGACUUGCUUUAAACUGAAUAGAUUUUUAAACAACAAAACCCAACGGAGAGUAUAAAUUUUAUCUACGUAAGUUUUUAAAGCUGAACUAUCUUUGCUAUUUCUCCACUUUCGGUCAAUUUCAAAGACGACGACCGAUUUCUCUUCCAGGCGGCAUUUCGGAAGCAGGGUUGUACAGUGUAGAUUGCUGUAAUAAAAUCUGAAAACAUUCAACAGAA